AAGAUCUUUCGCCCAAAAAAAUGCGUUUACGAUCCGCCAAAAGCGGCCGGAAUCAAAACCAAAACUGGAACCCAAAUCAAACAACCAAAACUGCCUAAAGAGCCAAUACCUGGGGCCAAAACAAACCUGCCGCGGUGCCUUGCUCGCCAAUGCGCGAUUGCAGUUGGAAGCCGAACGCGGCCGGCACGCCGGAGAGUCAGAGUCCACGCCUCCAGCCGCCUAUUUCUUGCGGCCGCCACGCUGCGCCAUGGCAACCUCGUGUCGUGACGACACCGCGCGCGUGCACCAAGCACAACGCUCACCACCUUUUCUUUUUGGCAACAUCCUAGAUUUGUUUUUUUUCUAAUGCCCAACCUGCACCACCAGCGGCCGCCGCCGAGCGGCGGCGCGCGGCGGCCCAACGACGGGUCCCUCGUGUGCUACGGCAUCGUCGUCGCCACCGCGUCGCUGCUCCUGCUCGCCAUCCUCGCCGCCACGGUCAGCAUCGUCAAGGCGUGCGCGCUCGCCGGCGCGGUGGCCGUGGUGUUCUGCGCCGUCGGCUGCGUCUCCCGGCGGUGCGCGGCACACGGAACCGCCGCCCCUGCGCUGCCCACGACGGCGGCGGCGAUGGCCAUGGCGAUGCCAGCCGCGAGCGCCCGCGCCCGCGCCGGCGGGGCGUGUGGCCUCGUGGACGCGGCCAUCGACGCGCUGCCGGCGUUCGCGUACGCGCGCUCGUGUGGCGCGGAAGGUAGCAGCAGCAGCAGCAAGUCCGGAAGGUGCGUGCAGUGCUCGGUGUGCCUGGAGGACGUCGAGGCCGGCGAGAUGGUCCGGCAGCUGCCGGCGUGCGGCCACCUGUUCCAUGUGGGGUGCAUCGACAUGUGGCUGCACUCGCACGCGACGUGCCCUCUGUGCCGGUGCGACGUCUCGCCGCAGCAAGUUGGUGUGAAGGUCGCGGCGGCAGCUGCAGAUCCGCCGGAUGGUGCGCUGCCGCCGGUGUGAGCUAGCUGCUGAGAUCAGACUCACGGCCGGGAGUGUGGGGGUCCUGUAACGCUGCGACUGAGGGCGUCGAUUUUUUGCUAAAGCAGGAGUGCUGUUUCGGGAAGAGAGUUCUUGUGCCCGAUUUGUUUGUUUCUACCGAUUUGUUUGUUUGUUAUUAUAUACUGGAGCUUGAGAA